AUGGGGCCAAAGGCCGGCCAGGACCACCAGGCCCACUUGGUCACCCCGGGAACCAAGGAUUUCCAGGUCCAAGUGGGCCGCCAGGACGGCCAGGAUUUGCAGGUUCGGUAUCCUUUUAUCAUCUGCAACUACAAGCCACAUGGCCCCACAGGCCCUAAGGGUCAGCAUGGACACAGCCCUCCAGGCCUGCCUGGGUUCCCUGGACGCAAGGGAGACAAGGGAUCACCGGGACGGACAGGGCCGGUGGGCUACCAGGGGUCUCCGGGUCAGAAGGGUUCUCGUGGCCCGUGGGGCUCCAGCACGGCAGGCCUGGCUGACAGUUUCCUGCUGGCCCGACACAGCCAGACGAUCAGAGUGCCUGACUGCCCCAGAGGUACCACCCUCAUCUACUCUGGAUACUCUCUGCUCUUCAUCAAUGGCAAUGAGAGAGCCCACGGACAAGACCUAGGCUCCAUGGGCAGCUGCCUACCUCGUUUCUCCACCAUGCCCUUCCUGUUCUGUGACACGGACAACACCUGUCGCUACGCCGCCCGCAACGACUACUCCUAUUGGCUGUCGACGGAGAAGUCCAUGCCGCGCAGCAUGGACCUAAUCAGAGGAGAUGAGAUCGGGAGCUACAUCAGCAGGUGUUCAGUGUGUGAGGGCAGCUCCAAUGCCAUCGCCAUCCACAGCCAGACCACCCAGACCCCAGACUGUCCUCGUGACUGGGAAUCCCUCUGGACUGGAUACUCCUUUGUCAUGCAAACGGGUGCGGGUGCUGAGGGUUCGGGGCAGGCGCUAGUCUCCCCAGGCUCGUGCCUGGAACACUUCCGCCAGGUUCCCUUCAUCGAGUGCCACGGCCGGGGAACCUGCAACUACUUCCCAGACUCCUACAGCUACUGGCUGGCCUCGCUCGACCCGGAUCGCAUGUUCAGUAAGCCUGUGCCCCAGACUGUGAAGGGGCGUCUUCUAGAGAACGUCAUCAGUCGCUGCCGCGUCUGCAGGAAACCCUAUUGAACAUUGCCCGGGGCCGGAACAAGAGUUGGGUAAAUUACCACCGGGAGGAGGGGCUAAGGAGAUUGACUGACAGGUAGUGUAGAUCACUGGUCGGUAGCACUUCAUUUUAUGGUACUGUUUCCACUAUUAUUUAAUAGGAGUUUAUUUGCUAACAACAGGUACUUUCUGGUAUUUUCUUCAAGAACUCACCACCCUUUGUAACUACCUGGUAUUGAAUGGUCCUUAGUAGUGCUUGUUUUAAUGAAUCCCAAAUAAGUCAUUCACAUGUCAUUCAUGUGAAAUCGCCAUAACAAUACCUUGUUCUUUUCUGUACUGUAAAAUAAAGUGCUACCCUCACUCCGGGUCUUGAAGGGUAUGGAUGUGGAGCGGUUUGAAUUGUUUUUGUGCGUGAUCACCUUGUCCUCGGCCGUCAGCCAUGUUUCUAAGGGACUGUGUGGUUGGAGUAUGUCCGAAAGAACACCCCAUUAUAAAGACAUUACAAUAUGACUAUUAUCCCAUCAUUGUUCAAAUCCCAUCAAAGUAAGGGUUCAUUUUGCACUGACUGAGGCUGUAUGCAGGGUA